UUGAUGUGUCAUUUGUGUAGAUUUUUAGGUUAAGAUAUUAUUAUCAACAACAAUGAAGAAAUUCAAUUAAAACUCUAAAGAAAUAGUACUUUUAAGUAUAUAUGAUGGUAUUGUCAUACAUGUCGAAAUUGUCUACCGAAUGAGCUACAUUGUUGUAGAGUAGCGCUGCAAUAAUGGCUACAAAAAUCCCAAAAACUGCACUAAGUUUGAAACAAUUUCUGGUUCGCCAAGAGGUGUUGAAACUGUACAGGGAGAUUCUUCGUUCGAUUAAACGUGUACCUGACGAGAAGACUCGUUUGGAGCUUAGAGAAUGGGCUCGAACCGACUUCAAGAAGAAUAAAGACACUACCGACGAAACGGCUAUCAAAGCUUUCAUUUACUACGGAAGAAAGUCCCUGAAAGAUCUUCAGCGCUCACUUGCAAUUAGCACAUAGAAAAAAAGUGUUACUCUAGCUAAAUUCGUAAAUUAGUAUGGAAUUUAAUAAAUAGUAAGGUAUUUAGAUAGUUUGAUUAAUAAAUUAUGUACAGAUAAGUAUAAAA